AUGAGGAAGCAUCAUGCAGGUGAUAUACACGGACAAUACCAAGACCUAUUGAGGCUUUUUGAAUACGGUGGCUAUCCUCCUGCUGCAAAUUACCUCUUUCUUGGGGAUUAUGUUGAUCGAGGCAAGCAAAGUUUGGAAACUAUAUGUUUGCUAAUGGCCUACAAAAUAAGGUAUCCUGACAGAGUUUUCCUUUUGAGAGGAAAUCAUGAAGAUGCAAAAAUCAACCGCAUUUAUGGAUUUUAUGAUGAAUGCAAAAGAAGAUUUAAUGUUCGGCUCUGGAAGAUUUUUACGGACUGCUUUAAUUGUUUGCCUGUUGCUGCACUUAUUGAUGACAAGAUACUUUGCAUGCACGGGGGACUUUCUCCAGAGUUGAAAACCUUAGGUCAAAUAAAGGAAAUAAACAGGCCGACUGACAUUCCAGAUAAUGGUCUUCUAUGUGAUCUGCUCUGGUCUGAUCCUGAUCCCGGUGUUAAAGGUUGGUCAGACAGUGAUCGAGGUGUUUCAUGUACUUUUGGACCUGAUGCAGUUGCCGAGUUCUUGGAGAAAAACGACCUCGACCUCAUUUGCCGGGGUCAUCAGGUAGUGGAGGAUGGAUAUGAGUUCUUUGCCAAACGAAGGCUAGUCACAAUAUUUUCAGCCCCAAACUAUGGUGGAGAAUUUGAUAAUGCAGGUGCUCUAUUGAGUGUUGAUGAAUCCCUCGUGUGCUCCUUCGAGAUACUGAAACCAGCUGAGAAUAAGCAACCGAGCAGUUCUAAGUUGCCUCUUAAGAAGCCCCCUAAAAUUGGAUCAGUCUAA